AUGCUUCGCCAGCUGUCGCGCCCAUGCACCUCCGUCCCUCGUGCUGUCAGCGCGAGCCGGCUCGCUUCCACUUCCACUGCUGCCGCGUUAGCUCCAGAGGCUGAUGCUAAACCCAAAAGGCGAGCACGACGGACGCCUGAGGAGAUGGAGGUAGAGCGUCAGAGACGGGCGGACUCCAGGGCGGCCAGGGAGGCAGCGCGGGCCAUGAAGGCCAGGACGUCCUAUUCGGGCUCGACAGCCAUCUGGGGCAGCACCCUUGCAAACCUGUCAGAAGAGGUCCAGCACAAAGUCGUCACCCUGCGCUUCAAGGAGGUCGCGGACGGCAAGGCGUCGAUGGAGCAAUAUCUGGAGGAACUCAUGAAGAUACAACGUCCGCCUAUACCGGAGGAGGUGCCAUUACCUGAAUCCAUGGCUCGCUUCCCGCUGUUACCGCCCCUACGUUUCUGGGACGAUCUAUUCUGGAGAGCGUCAACCGUGGCGCAGCGAGAGCGAAUAGCCGUACAUAAUCCAGAAACGGCGCUGGCCAUGGCCCAUGCGUUCCUCGACUCGGAUGCAACGCGUUCGACAGGCCCGAAAACGGUCAUCGAAGCUUUUCCUGGUCCUGGCAUGCUUUCGCGUGCACUGUUGACGUUGCCGGAGGAUAAACUCGGCAGACUCAUUAUCUUGGAGGAUGAUGCUCGGUUUCUCCCAUUUCUCGAGCCAUUAGCGAAGGCGGACCCGCGAGUGACCGUCUUGCCGAUGAGCGGGUUCGACUGGGCGACCUACACCCAUAUGGAUGACAAGGUCCUCACGGAUAUCCCCAAGUUGCCUUUUGACGCUGGUCUUCAUCCCAACCUUCACUUCAUCUCCCACAUCUUCAUGACCGCGCAACACGAGCAGUUCGUGUCUCAACUCCACCGUUGCAUACCGCAGAAGAGCUGGCUGUUCCAGUAUGGUCGUGUGCCUAUGAGCCUGAUCAUGGGCGAAUGGGGCUUUAAGCGUCUAACAGCUGGCGAGAAUGACAUGGAGCGCUGCAAACACAGCGUAAUAUCCCAAAUCAGCGCUCAGACAGACCUCGCUAUCCCGAUGGAAGCCACGGCGCCAUUCACAUCUCAUUUCCACCCUGUGAAGGUCCAACACCUUGCCAUCGAGCGUCGCGCCGUGUCCCGCCGUAUCGGAUCCCCUUACCUGGCCGUCAACGUCGUACCACACACGGAACAACUCAUCCUCCCGAACGAGUUGGAGGCGUGGGAUUUCGUCAUUCGCAAGCUGUUCGUCCAGAAACGCACGCCAAUCAGGCAAAGCAUAGGAAGCAUCGCACCAGGCGCCGAGUAUCUCUUGAAGUACGCUAAUCAGAACGCGUCGGAAGACAAGCAAAUCGACGCUGCAAAAUCACCUCCUGAAAUCACGAAUGACGAAUGGGCGCGUCUUAUCCGCGAGUUCAUCAACUGGCCAUUCGCUCCAGAGGAUUUGUCUGUCGAUGCUUUCAUGCGCUAUGAUGAGAAGGAUUAA